CUCCCUCUUUCUCUUUUUCUCUCCCUCUCUCUAUCCGUCUCUCUCUCUCUCUUGCUCUCUCUCUUUCCAAGAAUACUCACUAGCUCCACCUCUUCAUUGUAAUGUCACAGCAGCAUCCGAUCCAAGGCAGUGCAGGCGCGUCCCACACAGUGUAUAGGUGUCCAUUACGCACGGACUACGUCUUUAGCAAAAAAAUAAUUAACCUUGCAGAACGCCGAAUUGAACAUCAAAGACGCUUUUCUGAACACCGACAUUUCUUCACUCCAUCGGAGAGGACUACCUUUUAAAAAGCCUUCUUGACUUCAGACACUUUGAAACUUGUUCUGUAUAAGACUUUUGGCCAUGACCUCGCCUGCUCCACUAAUGCCCGCAACUCCUCUCAUUCACCCGCCGUUGAUAUCGACUUCACCGGCGGCUAACUCUCCGCCACCCACCCCUUUUAUCUCCACAUCCCCCCCACCGUCCAUCGCGCCCACCGGAAAUCAUCCGUUUCGAACGGACUUUUUAUCAACCGAUAUAACGGGCGCACCAGUUAGCGUCCUACCUCACAGCAAACCAGUAUACGCGACUCCGUCGCCCGUUGAAAACACUCCGCAGAACAACGAGUGUAAAAUGGUCGAGGUGAAAGGCGCUAAACUCGCUUCCUUCACGGUAAAGGACACUGAGCUAAUUUGCUUACCGCAGGCUUUCGACCUGUUUCUAAAGCACCUGGUUGGCGGGCUACAUACGGUCUACACCAAGCUUAAACGGCUGGACAUCACCCCAGUGGUGUGUAACGUGGAGCAGGUCCGCGUGCUCCGGGGGCUCGGGGCAAUCCAACCGGGGGUGAACCGGUGUAAACUUAUCUCCAGGAAAGACCUUGAGACGCUCUAUAACGACUGUACCAACGCAAGCUCCCGACCAGGUCGUCCUCCCAAAAGGGCCCAGAGUAUAACAUCAGACAGCGCCCACCUCCUGUCCCACUCAGUCAGUGGGCUCAUGUCAGCAGGAAUCAUGCCCCCUACAGGUCUAACAGCAGCAGCAUUGGCUGAGGCCAUGAAGGCAAAGAAGAUCAAGCUUGAGGUGAUGGCAGGUUACCAUGGCAACCAUCAGCCUGGCCCCGACGCUGAGAACGGAGAUCACACCCACCUUGGAUUAGACCACCUGCCCUUCAUGAUGAUGUCACAUCCUCUGAUACCAGCCAGCCUUGCCCCCGCUUCUGUCUCCAUGGCCAUGAGCCAAAUGAACCACUUGAACACGCUGGCGAGCAUGGCGAGUUCCACCCACAACCGUACCCUUAACCAUGCCGCCUCAAGGCUGGCCACCUCCGUCAUCAAGGAGAGGGUGCGUGACAGCCCCUCCCCCUCAGCGUCCCUGGAUGAAGGUCGGAGGUCAGGUAGUCACAUGUCCUCCAGUAGUGUGUCCAGCUCCCCAGCACACACAGAACAUCCUGCAGACCGAACACAUAUGCACCAGAACGGCAUGCAGUCAAGCCACGCCCUGUUAGGCCACUCCCCCAGUGCAUUGCCAGGGCCGAAGGAGGCUGACGUAGCGACGGUCACCACGCCAACCGUAGACUCCAACGGCAGGCGGAGCCUAGGAGACAGAGGUGAGGUGCCCCUGGUUCCCCCUGGCUCCAGGGACAGAGGGGGUUGUGACCGGGUGUCUCUCCCUGGACAUAAGCUUAAUUCUGGGUACCCAGGCCCCUUCCUCUACCCCGAGGGUCUGUCCUCCAUAGAAACCCUCCUCACCAACAUACAGCAGGGCCUGCUGAAGGUUGCCAUCGACAACGCACGGGCGCAGGAGAAGCAGGUGCAGCUGGAGCGCUCCGAGCUGAAGAUGGAGCUGUACAGGGAGAGGGAGCUCCGAGAGACCCUGGAGAGACAGCUGGACAUGGAGCAGAGGAGCAGAGUCUUGAUCCAGAAGCGUCUGAAGAAGGAGAAGAAGACCAAGAGGAGGCUGCAGGAGGCCCUGGAGGUGGAGACCAAGCUGAGGGACCAGGCUGAGCAGACCCUGCAUCACACUGGAGGCAUAGACGGCCUCACACAGCAACAUGACAUGAUGGGACAGGGAGACAACAGUAACCAUGACAACCUCAGGACGGACACCAAGCCCACGAUGCAAGAUGGUCGUCUCUUCCUGAAGACCACAGUCAUGUACUGACACAUCUCCAUGGAGACUAGGGUGGAGACGGUCUUGCAGGUGAUCCCAGACUCCGGCUGAUGAUUGGACGUCUGACCCCGAUCUGUCACACAGGGAAAUGGCCACCAAACCAGUGUCAAAUACAAUUUGCAAAUAUGGAAUCAAAGAAUUGAUUUGUGAAACCCCACUCUAAUGAUAGCCCACCCUCCCCUCCAGUCACUCUUAAAUGAAUUAUAAACGUAUUUGAAAAUACUAUUUUAACCAUGUCUGUGAUUGGAUUGAGCCCCCGGGGUAGCACAGUGACAGGUCAGCUGGCUCUCUAGAUUCGGGCACUAGGCUGCUAUCUCACCGGGAGACAGACACACCAAAGCAACGAUUCACACUCCCUCUCUGUACCCAUAUGACAGUGUCAAACAGGAGAACACAGGAAGUCACAUGGACCAAAUAUGACACCAAUCCUGCAAGUCCAGAAUAGUUUUCUCCAACUUCAGUUUCUCCAACUGUGUGAUGAUGAGGAUUAUUACUGUUAUUACUACAAUGUUAUUAUUGCUAUUAAAUAUUAUUGUUGUGUUCCUUUGGAGGGUAACUAUGUAAAUCCAGGGCAGAGGAAGGUGGUGGCCAUGGUUACAGUGUGUGUACAUAACGUCUUGUGUAUUAUUGGAUGGAGUAGAUCUGCUAGAUCAAACAAUACAAACAUUUUCUAUCUCCUCACGCCUCCCAAGUCGUUCUGUUCGCUCUUUCCCGGAUAAAAGGGAUGUCACAAUGUUGAUGAUGCAUGUGUAGCAAGUGUCUUUCUCUGUGUUAAUUUCACAAGGGUCAUUUUAUCUGUAAUCUGCUGGCGUUAGAAUGUCUCAGAACGUUCCGUGGAUGGUUUUAGCUGUGAGGAUCUAGAAGAUUUGGAUGAAUCCAGCCGACUGGAUAGAUUAGACAGGGGUGGACAGUGUUUUGCAUUCUCAUCAGCGGGAGAGUCAGGUCUUUGUGCCUGCUGCGUGAGCAAGCGGAGUGAAGGGAUUGGUGCAAGGAUCAGACCAUUGAUUGGUUCCUGGUUUCUCAAACACAGCACGUAUGGAGAUAUUGAUGAGAAGGCAGGAGUGGCAGCGACCACUAAGCUGUCCUCUGUAGAAUAUGUUGACAAGGCAGAAGCUCGCUUGUUUUCUCUCAUCUUCUUUCAGGGAGCUUUAGCGUUCCAUUUGAGACCUUCUCCCCUGUCCUCUCCUCACUUCUCUUCCACUCUCGUUUCGCCCUCUUCUCCUCCUCUGUCAAGUGAUUCGGUGGUGUGUUUUAAACUACCAUUGUUGGAAACUCUGGACAAAUACGCUCACAAACACACACCCACACACUCCCUCUUUCCAUCACACACAGACUUAUCCAUCUCAGCAUUGUGCCACGGAAAGGAGAAUGGAAGGAUAAAGUAGGAGUGACAGGCAAAGAUAAAGUGUGUGUGGGUGUGUGUGCUCGUGUGUGUAAAGAAAAGCAGACCAGCAGCCAUCUGCUCAUCUUGUCUUAAUGAACAAAGCAAACAGCAGGAGUCAGGGCCCUUUUAUUAGAAACACACAGACACCAUUUUUCUUUUCGAAAAUGUUGUGUUCCUCUCACACACAUGUACACACACACACACACACACACACACACACACACACAAAGACACUCAUCUGGUAAGCUUUGAAUGACAGUAGGACUUCUUUAUCAGAUUUCCUCAGUUUUCUUCCGUCUCGUCUGGUCUAGUGUUGGCGUCCCCUAGUGGAGAUAGUGGAGUCCCACUGUUUCAGUUACAGUACCCAAUAUUAUUGGUGUUCAACAUCACCUCCUUGGUGGCAACUUGUGAUGAUGGCAUGUAUGAACCACUCAAUCAGCCUACAUAGUGGCAAUGGUAAGAACAGCAGAUUAGUUCAGAGGAGAGAAAGACAACAGGCCAAAAACCACAAUGAAAACUUCCUGGACUUCACAAGGAUGGUCUCUAUCUCAGCUGUGGAACUCUGACACAUUUCAAUUCCUAAUGGUGGAUUAAAAUAUUAACUAAUUCCAUACAAACCCCUUACAGCCCAGUCAAAUAACCAAACAACAUCAAGCUGCAGUUAUAUGCAGUCAAUCUAGCUGAACAAGUCUUCAGUUUCAUUUCCUCAACGUUGUCCCGCCCUCUGUGGUAUGAAAAGAUCAAACUUGAAUGGAUAAUUCAUAGCUGGACAAUUCUCAUUCCACAUCUCAUAUAUUCACCAAUAGCAACAAGAGGAGGCAGGAUUGGUUGUGCAGUAUUGUACUGAUCACCAGAAGAGGAUAAUUCUAUCCAAAACGACAACAUCCAGGAGGAACAAUGAUUAAAACUCUAAACAACGUGGCAGAGCUGAAGGCGUGUGGGUUUGGCCGUCCCUUACCCCGUCAUGGGCUGCAGCUGCUCUACUGGUUUGCUAAAGACUACGUCAUGUUUAAAAACAACAACAUUGUGGUCAAGGUCCAUCCCAAGAAUGAAGACUUUGGCUUCCAUUACUUCCUAAACAGGCAGGAGUGUGAAAACAAAAAAUGCAUCAAGCUGCUACCUGAGGAGAAUCACCCAUACUUUGAAGUGGGCAACCUGCACCUUUCAGCAUCCCUCUCUCUGCCUGACUACGUCAGGAAGAACUUCAACGGUCACUCCCAGGAUGACAACAACAAAGAUCGCAUAAUCAUAAGCAUGGGACCAGACCUGCAGGUGCAUAAAAUAUUUGUGACGGCACAUAAAGACCAAAAGAGAUUUGAUCCUGACCACACCUAUCAGAUCAACAAAGUUCUGCUCAUGACUAUUCGUAACUUAUCUCUGGAUGACUUCCUGAAACAAGCUGGUUUUAUUAUUGAAAACAGUACAUAUGUCGACCUUGAGGGCGGUAAUACAGAUUUAUCUCAAAAUGUAUCUAAAAAUAAUGGGUUUUGGGACAACUACUGUACUAUACUGUAGGCCAAUAAUGCUACGAGAUGUAGAUACUGACAUGCUAUUCGUCGAUGCUGGACAGGCAUAUGUAAAGGCGUUACUCAAAGAUUGAUUUUACAUUUUCUUAACACUUUACACUUUUGUUUUCUUAAGAUGCCCUAUAUUGUUGUAUCAGCUUUAAAUGAAUUUCUUAGAAUUUGUUUUUAAAUUAUUAUUUAAUAUUUUCCUUUGGUGUUAUAAUUAUCUUCUACCCUGAACAAUCACAAGCUGUUUCAAUUUAGCUCACACAAUUACAUUAUACGUUUGCCAUUAAAAGACAUAGUAGAAUCUCAUAGCUGUGUUAGUCAGUUGUAUUCCCACAAAUUCAUUUCUCAUAAAAAUUCAAUUGUCGGAAAUGUCUAGAUUUGGAAAGAUUAGAUUAGAUUUUGGAAAGGAUAGGUACGAAUGUACAAAACCUUUAUGUUUAUAUUGCCAGUUAUAAAAUGUCGAAGUGUGUUCUACAAUUAAUGCUCUGCAACAAAUGAAUAAAACGUACACAUUUGAAACUCUGAUAUUCAAA